GCAGCAGCAGCAGCAGCCUCUCCGCUCCUCGCCCCUGCCUGCCUGCCUGCCUGCCUGCGACAGCACAGCAGUGGUGUGGUCGCUCUGAACGCACACUAACGGAAGGAAAAAGCACUCCACACGUAGUGAAGGCCUCUGCCACUCUGAAAGCUCUGUUUCAGUCACAGCGACGACGGACAUAUACACACACACAAAUAUAUAUAUAUAUUUUCUAAUCUCAGUCGCUCUUUUUUUUAUUUGGUAGCGUUGUAAAAGGCCAGUCAUCAUAAUGGCGACAGCUGCGGUGUCUGCCCCUGCUGGCUGCGGCCCCAGCCCCGGGUCGGGAACGGAGCUGGUCCGCGGGCAGGCCUUCGACGUCGGGCCUCGGUACAGCAACCUCUCCUACAUCGGGGAAGGAGCCUACGGGAUGGUGUGCUCUGCCUAUGACCGGGACAACAAGAUACGUGUGGCUAUUAAGAAGAUCAGCCCAUUUGAGCACCAGACAUACUGCCAACGUACCCUGAGAGAGAUCAAAAUCCUUCUGCGCUUCAAACAUGAGAACAUCAUCGGAAUAAACGACAUCAUCCGCACACCAACCAUUGACCAGAUGAAAGAUGUAUAUAUUGUGCAGGAUCUCAUGGAGACAGACCUGUACAAGCUCCUGAAGACUCAACACCUGAGCAACGACCACAUCUGCUACUUCCUCUACCAGAUCCUACGAGGGCUCAAGUACAUCCACUCUGCCAACGUCCUGCAUCGUGACCUGAAGCCUUCCAACCUCCUGCUUAACACCACCUGUGAUCUCAAGAUCUGUGAUUUUGGUUUGGCUCGUGUGGCCGAUCCUGACCACGAUCACACCGGUUUCCUAACGGAGUAUGUAGCCACUCGUUGGUACCGAGCACCUGAGAUCAUGCUCAACUCCAAGGGCUAUACCAAGUCCAUAGACAUCUGGUCAGUGGGUUGCAUCCUGGCUGAGAUGUUGUCCAACAGACCAAUUUUUCCAGGGAAGCACUACUUGGAUCAGCUUAACCACAUAUUGGGGAUCCUCGGUUCCCCCUCUCAGGAGGAUCUCAACUGCAUCAUCAAUGUCAAGGCCAGGAACUAUCUUUUGUCGCUGCCUUUGCGCUGCAAAGUGCCAUGGAACCGCCUUUUCCCCAACGCUGAUCCCAAAGCUCUGGACCUGUUGGACAAGAUGUUGACCUUUAACCCUCACAAGAGGAUCGAGGUGGAGGAGGCUCUGGCGCACCCCUACCUGGAGCAAUAUUACGACCCCACAGAUGAGCCUGUUGCUGAGGCCCCAUUCAAGUUUGACAUGGAGCUGGAUGACCUACCCAAAGAGACACUGAAGGAGCUCAUCUUUGAUGAAACUGCACGUUUCCAGCGUGCCUUUAGGUCUUAACAUCUCACAUAGAUGACUCUGUGAACUGGCUUCUGCGUUGCCACUGCUCCUACCCGCCUCCACACUGUUGCUGUGAUGGUUUUUUUAUUUCUGCAUUUUAUUUUCCUCUCCUGUUGUCCACAUCACCUGGAUUCCUUGGGUCUCACUCGUCAAGUCCACUUUGCUCAGGAAUGGCAUCAGGAAUCAAUCAAUCAGUAAAUCAGUCAAUCAAUCAUUAUUUCUCUUUAUCAUUUCUCUCUCUCUCUCUCUCUCGCUCUUUCGCUCUCUCUUGCUCUCUCUGAGGUGAGGGAAGGUCAGGGGGUCACGUCACAGCUUACAGUUUGGGGGUGAUUUUUUAUUUUUUUUUUUUAAGCCAAGA